AUGAUCUGCUGGCUGAGCUGUUGGAGCCUGUUCUGCAGCCAGCAGGCUCUUCUUUCCGACGGUGCAGUUGCAGGCCUGUCAGAGCCAGGAUCUCCCGUCUCACAGGCAUGGUCGACUGUCCGGCAGAAGCGGCAGGAUUCCCCCUUGAAGAAGCUUGGAGUCGUGACCCCGGCCAGACACUGUUGGACACGCGUCCCGUUCUUCACAAAGUGGAUCAACAGUCUCUGCAUGGACGAUCCAGGUUGGUCCAUGGUGGACGAGGACAACUUCUUCGAGGAACUGAAGAGCGGGCUCGUGCUGUGCAAAGUCGUUGAAAGGUUGGUUCCUGGUGCAGACUUGACGACCAAAGGGAUCCAUCGCAAGCCCAGAACCCGUGCGACCUGUGUGGCCAACAUUGACAAGGCAUUGACUGUAGCCUGGCGAACAGGGGUCAAUGCAGGACGCAUGUGUUCGGCUGAUGACAUCUACGACUGCAAAAUUACGGCGGUCACAAGGUGCAUCUCUGAACUCUUCGACGCUUUGCAGAUGCGCUUGCGAGAGGUACGAAGUCGAUCUCGAGACAUGCUGACAUCGAUGAAUGCACACCUUAUCCCAAUAGGUUGCGGCCUUUCUGAGCAAACGUUGAACGAUCCAGUCCAGCACUGCGAUGCGCUGGUAGCUGACUUCGCCGACUGCACAAAGAGUGUGGCGCUUCUGGUGAGUACGGGUAAGGCCUCGGUGGAGGACCUGCUCAGCCUUGCCCACCGAGAGCAGACUUCCGGCGCAGAAGGGGCUCAACUCAAAGGGCUGCUGCACGAGAACGGUCGCAUCCUGAGUGAACUUCUGGAGGCCAACGGAUGCCCUGUGCUCCUCGGUCCAGGUGAGUUUGCAAACCCACCGUCGCCGUUUCCUGACACCAUCCUGCUCCAGCUCCACAUCAUUUGGCGCUCUGUGGGCGGAGGCACCCCAGGUGCUGCCGGGCCUGGACAACCCUUACAAAGCCCCGUGUUUCAUUCUGCGAACCCUGGAGGUGUGGCCGGCUCAAAAGCAGAGUUGCAGCUGUGGAUGCAGGCAAUGUCUACCCAGUUCACUUCUCUCGAUGAUGCGUUCUGGAGCUGGUGUGGGAACAUGUCCGGCCGGAUGUCCCAGUCCACCUUCAUGCGAGCAAUGCGAGAGCUCAACUUCCAGGGUGAUGCCAAGCUGGUGUGGGACACGCUGAAUCGGGGUGUCCCAGGCUUCAUUAGCCAGGAGGACUUCGCGAGACCUGAGUUGGAGGCGAGCUUUGCUCAGGUCCUGCAGAGGAGCCUUGAAGAAGGAGAGGGAGAGCCACAGGAAGGCGAGGAAGAAAGGAACUUCGUGGCCGGCGCAGACGCUGCCGGCGAAGGUGAUGGAGAAGUCGUUGAGGAUGCAGCCGAGGACCAGUGGGGCACAGACGGGGCAGAUGACCAGGCUGCUGGAGACAUCGAGUCGGUUUCCUUCGUUGUACUGCCACUGGCAGGUGAAGGAGCCGAUAUCGAUCUGGCCGAAGCCUGUCGGCUCGCUGGCGACGAGGAGCCACGUCUGUCCGGUGCUAGCGAAGAGAGGCUGCGGAUGCUCAGCGAGGACAUCCGCAGACAGCAAGACCUCCAAGAAAACGGGGCCACUAGCGCGGCCCGUCUUGUAGCAGCAGCCGCAGCAGCUGCCGCUGCUGCAGCAUCAUCGCUGGUUUCGGCAGAGGCCUUGCAGAUUGGUGACUCGCAGUCCUUCCCGGAGCUUCCAGAUGUUCCAGUCUUCUCCGACUUCAAGAAGGAAAGCAUGGAGCUUGGUGACGAGGCCAUGGAUGCCGUCAGCAUCCUGCUUUCUGAACUCUCAGUGCAUGAGCUGCCGGCGCCCACCACAAGUGUGGACACACGUGUCGUCACGAGCGAUGGCUCGGAGUGUCGAGCAUGGCUUCAAACCAACGUGGUUGAUUCUCCGCAAGAGAGUCACCUGCAGCAGGCCUCCGAGUCACCAGUCCUCGUGCUGGAAGUCUGGGUUCUGCACGAGGGCACAAGUGCUUCGUUGCUUUUAUCUCAGGUAAACUGCUCGUGCAUCAUCGAAGUGCUGCAGCACGGAGCCUUGUCAGCCCCCGACCUGGCCUUCGAGAUAACCUUCAAGCCCGGCGCUGACCUUCUUCAGAGUGAUCCUCAAUCCUGGGCAAUUGCAAAGACUGUAAAUGCCCGAGAAGGGCGUCAGCGGCCAAGCGAUCUGCGGGAGCGCGUCCUGCUUGAUAAUGAUGUGCGGCGGCAAACAUCGAUUUUCAGCGUGUUGCAGAAGGAGUCAUCGUUGCCAACGUUUGCAGCGGGACUCGCAGGACAACAGGUUUCACUGCGGUGUUCUUUUGCACAAGCACCCUCAUGGAGCAGAUUGGAGGCAGUACACUUCUUUGACGAGCUUCGAAUUCUGAGCCGCUUUGCGGGGCCAGCGUGCAAAAAGCUGCGAAUCCCUCGACGCCAAUGGAGUACGCAGCAAUGGUCCCUUCACGUUGGCCAGCCUGCUCGGACGGCGGACAUGGGAGUAUCGCUCCUGUCACUUCUGGUCCUUGGUGUGCAGGUCGAUGCCCGCGGCGAUUCGCCAAAGGGCUUCGUGUGGAUGAGCCAGGGCUUCGGUUUGCCACCUACUUGGCUCUCAGCGAUUCCGGAGAUGCCGGAGACCUGGCUGGUCUGGGGAAGCUUCGGUCUUUGCGACCGGACGGUGGACCGGCCUCGCUUCCUCCACGUUUGUCUGCCCGAAGUCGAUUGGUCUCUCGGCCGCCCCGUCCGAGGCAACAUGACCUACACUCCAGGUCGCAAUCUGCUUUACCAGCACGCUCUUCAGCUGGAGCUGGAGGAAAGCAUGCAAUUUCUGUACUUCAUUUUGGCAGAUGACAGUGGAGAGUUUAUCUUCCGAAAUUGCUCCCCUCUGUCUUGUGGGAACAGUGAUGUUCUGCCAGCCCCUUUCGAGUCUCCUGCUUCUUUUUUCCACCGACUACUGGUUUCAGACGUGCCGGCCAUUGCAACCCCCGUUUUCGGCAUUGAUGAUGCAGACUGUUUGGGCGCCGCUGAUAUGCGUGUUUGCACGUCUACCAUCGAUCACAAGGUGAUCGCAUUGCACUGGUCGGUCCAUCCAGCGCUGCUGCCGUACGAGGAGAGUUUUGAGCAAAUCUCGUUGUUUGCAUCGCAGUGCAUCGUGAAUGAGCUGGCAGAUGCAUCUUUCCGCGGGUUUUCGGUGCACUACCGCAUGUUUCAACGGCCAACCACCUCCAAAUCAUCGUUCCCAUCCAUGCGUCCUCACUAUGUCCGAAGUUUGGAGCCUUGUUUGCCACAGGUGCUAUCGAACGGAUCCUUUGCUGACAGCGCCGUCGUGAAGUGGCUACGUCCGCAGUUGCGUGCUUGUGCCACAGAACGGCUUGGUCCUUCCUUCCUGCUUCAAUCAGAGUGCGAACCUAGCUCUUCCCCGAAUGAGGGGUGCAAUCUGCCGAAACGCCCCUUCGACUACAGACAAGUGUUGUGUGCCUCUCCAUGGGCCAAACGGGAAGACUGUCACGGAGACGCUGCGGAGGGCAAAUUCCGGCCUCCCCGUCCCUCAGGCGUGCACCACGUGCUGCGUCUGCAGCGCUCAUUCGGAGCAGGUGAACCGAGAAGAGCUCCAUCAGAGGCUCCAUCCAAAGAACCGGGCAUCUGUGCGAGUGAUGCAAGUGGCUCCUGCUUCUCAAACCCCAGCUGUGCUUUGGACCUGCUUUGUGCCGCCGGGAUGCAGAACUUCAGCCGACUCCUGGACGCCCGCACUCAAAGUCUCGACUCGAGUUUGGACUUGCUGGACUCGUUGGCAGAGUGCUGGAAAGUCGCCGAGCCGCAUCUAGAGAGGCUGCUGCGAGUGGAGCGGCACGAGGUGGAUCACGAGUGUGAUGCUUGUGUGGCCGUUCUGCUGGGUGCAUAUGUAGAUCCUGAGUUUCUAUCUGCUGGCCUGAGCACAGAUGUUGCAGAAAACAUCACGCGCCAGUCUUUCUGGAACUGGUGGUGGUGUGUCGUGGCCUUCCUACACCGAUCGCAGAUCCGACUCUUUGCUUCUGGUUCAGUGGCGCCCUUCGACAUGCUGCUGUUUCUAACAGAGAAGCUUCUGCCCGCGGAGAGGAGGCCCGGACUUGAUGCAUUUUCCACCGCAGACGCCUUGGAACAGCUGGCAUCGGUGGACCGACCUUUCGCGGUCAACGAACCCGCAUCGAAGUGCCAGAUGGGGCUGGCGGUUCGGCAUCUCCUGGAUGCGCUGCAGGACGCCCGGUGGGCUGCGGGUCAUGUUUUUGCUGCCCAGCACUAUCUGGCGCAUUGUGACCUUCUGGAGCUUGCGCAUCCCAUGUCGGCAUACGUCUGGCACCUGUUUGCAUCAGUCGGGCGCAGAUGCAUGAACACCCGGUAUAUACAGCAUCCAACUCCCCCGGAAUGUGGCAGCAGAUUCCGGCUUGUUCGGAGGUUUCGGGCCAAAAGCCCACAUAAACUUGCCCCAAGAAUCCAGCGGACUAGUGUCCAUCCGACGACAGAGAUCCUGAGCAGUCUGAUGUAG